AUGAAGGCUCUUCUGCUCCUUUUCGUCUCCUUAACUUUCGUCCCCUUUGCCUUCCCAUCAAGAAACCUCCCUUCUUCUUCUUCUUCUUCUUCUUCUUCUUCAGCGUCUGUGGUCGACAUUGAAGGCAAGGAGGUUCAACUAGGGCUACCAUACUACGCCCUCUCCAACGUUUUCAUCUUCCAGCCCGGACUAUGCCUAAUAGACAUCAAGAACCGAACCACAGGUUGCCCACACGACGUCGUUCAGUGCAACAUAUUCUCCAACUCCACGGCCCUCCUGGGCUGGCCCAUCAUCUUCAACACCCCCGCCAACGUGACGGCCGGCAACGUCAUCACGGAAGGCAUUUCUUACACCGUCCGUUUCCCCGUCUCCGCCGCGGGGUUGUUAUGUAUCCAAGAGAUCUUUUGGGGAUUAGCUGACGUCAAUAUGUUCCAGAAAUACAUCACGACGGAUCCAAACGCCGGCGCCGCCGGCGUCUUAUUCCAGGUGAAGAAAGAGUGGUCGGGAUAUAAGAUCUCUUAUUGUGUAACAAUCCCAGUACCCCGCACGCCCGUUUGCUACCCCGUGGGGUUGAUACAAAAGGAUGGGUACAACCGUUUGGGGAUAGGCUUCGGUGUUAACUCCCUCCACUUCUCGUUCUCCAAGUAUAAUGCCACCACGCUCCACGCCCAUGCCACUUCCUAG